AUGGAUUCCAUUAUCAAGAAUGUUGGAGGUAUCUAUCGGACUUUGUUUGCAAAGAAUAUUGUUUCCGUCUUCUCCGACGCGUACUCGGCUGUUGAUCAGGCAGAUCAGCUACGACUACAGAAACUGGUUCGGACAUGGGCUACAUAUCCGUCUGGCCCGCUAUUCUCUGCAACGAAGCUCUCAGUUCUCGAACGGUUGUGUGCCAAGGCUGGAUCUGGCACCUCGAAUGAGAGUGGUGCUACCGAAAAGGCAGUCAGUGCAGCAUCUUUGAAAAAACCUUUUAAAGGAGCCACAGUGGUAUCUGCAAAGAUAAACUCUGCUACACGAGAUAUGCCGACAGCGCCAUUAGCCGAUAAAUCUGCUUCAAAAGAAGUACCGGUACUUGGUCCUAAUGGCAGCACCACUCUAUUGGUUCAGCAGCAGAUUGGAUUUCUUCUUCAGAAAAAGCGUGCAGCUGCUGUCAUAUAUCCUAAUGACACGUCCGCUUCUCAGCAAAUCCAAGUGCUCGAGCAGCUAUUGAAUGUCAUUUUGACCACGCAACUUGAUCCGCAAACAAUCAAUCAAAUUACCUUGCAGAUCCAGAGCAUGAUGACUGCACCAACUCCUCCCGUGUCAAGUGCUCCCGAUCUAAACCCUUCUAAUGUACCACCUUCCUUGUCUGCCCCAGUCGCAAUACCUCGAGUCAGUACUCCACUAAUAAACACACCUGCUGCUGGAGCAUUCGUGGCUACUUCUUUUCAACCCGCACCUGUAUAUACCUCACAUUCUGGACCCGCUUUUGUACCUUCUAUUGUAAGACCUCCACAGAGGGUGCAAUCGGAUAGUUUGCAGGCUCUACCACAAAUCGAUCUUGCAAUGCUAUCGCAGUUGGUAACGAGCAGCGGUUUAUCAGCGAAUUUAAAUACCGCUGCACUAAAUUUGCCACGCGGAGCUGGCAUCCCAUCUUCGUUGCUGUCUGCACAAACUUCCGGCUUCACCUCAAAAAACAUUUUUCCUUCUCAGUUUCCUUCCACGAGUAGUGGAGCAUUUGUCCGUCCUCCCAUCUCUACACAUAUUCUCCAACCGCUUCCACAAAAUCUACCCUCCGUGCCUUUGGCUUUUUCAGGACUGACUCUUCCUACCAAGCCCACUCUCAAAGUUACAUUGGCACACAAGGAUAUUCAAUGUGUGCAUCCAAAUGCUGUUUACAGUUUAUACGAUGGACUGCCGUUACAAUGCAAGCAAUGUGCUCUAAGGUAUGCCAAGUUGCCCAAUGGCGAUCAGCGCAUGGCAGCACACCUAGAUUGGCAUUUUAGACAAAAUAGGAGAUUGAGAGAAAGCAGCAAGCGUACCAUAUCAAGAGAUUGGUAUACUAGUGUUGAUGGAUGGGUUGAUGAGCGUUAUGGCCAAGAGCAAGAUACGCAAGCUAUUGUAUCUGUAUUUGGGGAAGUUGAUUCUGGUAAAAAAUCACCUACACAAGCUGUAGUGCCCACACUUUCAGCAGAUGGAUUUCAAGAUCCAAAAUGUGUUGUGUGUUGUGAACCUUUUGAAAAGUUUUUUGAUCAAGAUGGUGAUAUGUGGAUGCUUCGUAAUGCUGUUUUAGUAGAUGAAAAGCUUUACCACCAAGAGUGUCUAGACCAAGAAACUACUUUUACUUUGAAUGCUGGUUCAAAACGCAAGGCAGAUGAUGAAACUGAUACCAAAGCAGCAAAUGCUUUGACAGAAAACUUUAAAAAGUCCAAGGUGUGAGCCAGUGUAUGAACCCAACAUACAACAUCUGCGCUAUUAUGUCUGAUAAGUUUUAAAAUAAAUUCACCGUCACAUCUU